UGGCGGCAGUGCUUCUACAGCGGACACACGGCAGUGGCUGGAGAAUAAAUCGAGUGCGCCUAUACGGUUUUUAGGUCACGUGUUGCAGGUUUUUCCGCGGGAUUGAUGGCUGGAGCUGUGCGGAGCUGAAGCUUUACAGAAACAAACCAUCCAAACCUUUUGUGGAUCUUUACAGAGUCAAAGAGAUGCCACCAAAGAAAAAGGCCAGAGUCAGUAAAAGGAAUGCAGGUUCAGGCAAAGAUGAUGACAGGGAGCCAGUGUCCCCAGCUUUGAAGAAGAGGAAAGCUGCAACUUCUGGUGGAAAAACUGACGAGAGCUCGGCGUCUUCUGGUUCUCCACAGUACAGUCGCUGGCUGAUGAAGUCUGAGCCCGAGAGCCGCUUUGAGAAUGGCAUCGACGUAAAGUUUGGCAUCGAGGACCUGAAGGCUCUGCCUGAUCAGACCAGCUGCUGGGAUGGUGUUCGUAAUUAUCAGGCACGCAAUUUCAUGAGGCAGAUGAAAGAGGGGCAGCUGGCUUUCUUUUACCACAGCAACUGCAAGGAGCCGGGGAUAGCAGGAAUCAUGAAAGUUGUGAAGGAAGCUUAUGUGGACCACACUCAGUUUGACAGGAAAGAUGUGCAUUAUGAUGCAACCAGCAAACCAGACGACCCCAAGUGGAGCAUGGUAGACGUCCAGUAUCAAAGGAUGAUGAAGCGUUUUCUUCCUCUGUCGGAGCUUAAAAAGCACCACCUGCAGCAUCGCGCUAAGGGGGGGCCCCUCAAGGACAUGGCGCUUUUUACAAGGGCUAGGCUCUCUGUGCAGCCUCUCAACACCGAGGAGUUUGACUUCAUCUUGAGUCUGGAGGACAAAGAGCCACUGUAAGGAUUUACUUCACAACGCAGCAAAAUCAUCACAAGUACCAUUGCUUCACUGUAACUGUUAAAAUUUAUUAAAGAUAUUAAAUAUUUUUAUUAGACAUCAUGAUCCAGAUUCAAUCUGUGAAAACACAAACAUGUGUUUAUGACUUGAGUUUCUUGGAACUGGAUGGAAAGCAGUGCCUCUUUUAUAAAGUAUAAACAGAAGCAGCAUUAAUUAUGGCUGGCCUUUGCUCUCAGAGUAGCGUCAAGCAUCAUUUUAUUGACAUUAUUUAACUCGUAAUUUAUAAACGGCAGCAUAUUUUACGACUCCUGAUACCCUUUCAACGCUCGUUUAAUCACAUGGGAAUAACUCGACAUUGUGUGCUCGACUGCUGUCCGGUGAUGACAGAGUGAGUGGGAAAAUAAAACCUGCAAACAGCCUAUGUGCUGUGGCCUUCUAGGUAUUUGCUUAAUUGCAAAAAAAAAACCCAAAACAACAACAUGCAAAGGGCUCUUGGGAAAUUUUCCUUUUUGUAGACUGUGGGGGACCCACAUUAAAUGAAUUUAAUGUGCUGAAUGCUGAAAAGUACCUUAUAUAACCUCUGAUGAGAUGCUGGUUUGGAAGUAUUAAUGCUGUUGCUGCAGUGACUUAGGUAAGGUCCAGCUUCACAGGUUCUUAUUAGAAGUGUCAAGUAUUGAUUAGAAUGUGCUGACGUUGUUUUUAACAGCACAAGCAGUGUUUUAAGUGUGAAUGAUCCUCAUCAAUAAACUGAGAUCAGUUUACGCAGAUUAUUGCUGUAAAUGAGAGCUAGGUGUCCACCUGUGACUGAGCAGUUUGCAGUUAGAGUCGACAGUUUCCAAGCCCAAAGGCAGUUCCUCAGGUUAGGAGUGAGAACCCCUUUCACUGUAAAUUUGCUCACAUCAGCAAAGCUGUCAAUUUAGUUCUGAUAUGACUUCUUGAGAGGAACACUCUCCCUCUUGUGGGUCCCCAGAGCUCAUAAAAACUACACCUUCCAGACAAGACGAUGACCUUGAGUGUGAGAUCAGCCAAAUUUAAAUCAGACAAGGUUUUUGAUUUUCAGGCCCAGCUGCUGCCCGAUGCCACAACAACAACUCCUGUAUUAUAUCUGUAUGUCAGAAUCAGUCAGAUGGUGUAGCACCAUUUAUCUCCUAACUGACAUCACUGUUAUUUAAAUAGUUUUUAUUAACUAUUUUCAAUUGAUUUACUUGAAUAAUUGUGUAUGCUGAUGCAAAAUAGCUACUUUGAACAGCAGUGGCUGAAAAAGCCCAGCCUGCUUUGGAACCCGAGCCCUGGGGCACACUGUGUGUUUCCACUGAUGAAGUGUGUCCCAGGGCUUGGGUCACAAAGCUUCAGAGCGCUAAUGACUGAAUCAGUGUGUUGAUAUCUUCUGUGGUCUUUUCCACAGUCAUAGUUUUAUGAAACAUUUUCUCCUUCGCUCUGGUUGUCACAUUAGGAUAACAUCACCUUUAAGUUUUAAGCCUCGUCUUUAGUUGAGACCUUUUCCUUUACGUGUUUAAAUUACACCUCAAAGCACAUGCUUGCAUGUCCUCUUUCACCUGAUGUUACUGUUGUUAAGAUAAAACGUAUAAUUUUGACACGGAUCUCCUAAGAACCCACCAGAACGUAGAAACCUGUUAUAAAACGGAUAUACAGACAAUGUCUUUUGUGGAAAUGUCCUUAUAAUGAAUAUGUGGUCCAGCAGAAGUUGCUGUGGCUUGCUAGCACCGUUGCCUCAGAAGGUCCUGAGUUCGCCUCCAACAUCUAGCCAGGGCUUCUGUGUGUGGUUUGUAUGUUCUCCCCAUGUUUGCAUAAGGUCUCUGGUUUAACCUAACCCUACCCCAUGUUUUAAAGACAUUCAGUUGGUAGGGUUAGAUUAAUUGGUCAUUCUAAAUUGCCCUGCAUCAGACUGGUGACCUGUCCGGGGUAUACCCUGACUCUUGCCCUAUGAUAGUUGGGAUAGAUCCAGCCCUGAUGAGGAAAAGUGGAAGAGAAUGGAUGGAAGGACAUUUUCCUAUGAUAAAUUCAAAAUAAAAAUCCACUAAUUUUUCAACUGAUGAGAACUUAAAAAAAUAUCAAACUGUACAGUCAUGAUGUGUAUGUGAAAAACUUAAGUAUAUCGUAUCAUUCAGUAGCUUGUAAAACCACCUUCAGCAGCAAUAAACUGAUCAUUGUCUGUAUCCCUGUA